AUGCUCAUCCAAGAACGUGAAAAGCCCAUAGAUGUCACUAAAUACUCUAGCUGGCGAAGACUGGUAAGAGUUAUUGCAUAUGUCUUCCGUUUCAUCACUAAUUCCAAAGCAAAAUGCUGCGUAGAUGAUGGCCCGUUGUCUAAACAUGAACUUAUGGUAGCUGAACGACAUUGGGUAAUUGAAGCUCAAAAAUCUCUGAAGGAGCUGAGAGACUACAAUUCAUUAAGUCCAUUUAAGAUGAAUGAUGUAAUAUAUGUAGGAGGUCGUACAUGUAACAAGAGACUGUCAUAUGAUCAAUCUUAUCCAGCAUUGCUUCCAAGAAAUCAUCCAAUAUCGUACUUAAUCACUGGACACAUUCGUGAAACUGGGCACUAUGGCCUUGCCACGACAUCCGCAAAUGUUAGACAGAGAUUCUGGAUAGUUCAGGGAACUGCUCUUGCGAAGACAAUCAAAUUCAGAUGCACUACAUGUAGAAUGUUUGACCAUAAGACCGAGAACCAGAUUAAGGUUGAAUUGCCAGUUGAACGAGUGACACCAUUUUCACCACCCUUUCAAUACACCUCUUGCGACUACUUUGGUCCGUAUCAUGUGAAAGUUAGCAGAAACAAGACGGCCAAACAUUAUGGUGUAAUUUUUACAUGUUUGGUUACUCGUGCUGUCCACCUAGAAAUUGCAGUUGACUGCUCAACACAAGAAUACGUCCAGGUCUUACGGCGAUUCUGUGCUAUGCGUGGAAGAGCAAAACUCCUGCAAAGCGACAGCGGUACCCAGUUUGUUGGAGCAGAACGUGAAUUGAGAGAGAUGAUUGCCCGAUGGGACAUACAUAAGUUAAAGGAGUACUGUGCUGAACGACAAAUCACUUGGAGAUUCACCACUUCACAUGCACCGCAUCAUAAUGGUUGUGCGGAAGUGCUUGUUAAAAGCUACAAACAUGCACUAAAGGAAUCUGUAGGUAGCCAACUCCUAACGCCACUCGAACUGUAUACAUACUUAAAAAAGGUUUCUAACCUGAUAAAUGAGAAACCAAUCGGAAGAAAGCCAACUGACCCGGACGAUGGAACUUAUAUCUGUCCAAAUGACAUUAUUCUUGGGAGAUCAUCAAGUCGAGUUCCACAAGGUCCAUUUUGUGAAACGAAAAACCCUCGGAAACGAGUAGAAUUUGUCCAGACGUUAGUUGAUGCUUUUUGGAAAGCUUGA